AUGCUGGUGUGCAACACGUUCCGGGGCAAGCUCUUCCCGUGCCCGCACUGCCGCUACGUCACCGACAGACGCAACAACCUGAAGCGGCACGUCGCCACCAUGCACCAGGCGUGCGACAAGCAGCUGGAGUGCUGCGGCGUCAGCUUCGCCACCAAAGCCUCGCUCCGGGAGCACAUCACCAUCUUCCACCACAACGGCUACUCCUGCCCGUUCUGCGGUCGCCGGUUCUGCCGCAAGGCGCUGCUGAAGCGGCACCUGUCCGUGCACAGCGGGCAGAAGGACUACACGUGCCCCCAUUGCGACUACGCCACCAGCCACAAAAGCAAUCUGGAGCGUCACAAACGGAUCCAC